GCCAAUGAGGUGACCGACAGCGCUUACAUGGGCUCGGAGAGCACGUACAGCGAGUGUGAAACCUUCACAGAUGAGGACACCAGCACCUUGGUCCAGCACGAGAUGCACGACGAGGUAGAAACAGACAGUGCCAUCGACUCCACCGUGCACUCUGAGUUCACAGAUCCCAUCGAGGAGCCAGAGCAGGGGUGCCUGAUCAGAUCAGCUCCUGGACGAUCCCACCCCCACGACCUGCCCCUGGGCUCGGACCUGAGCCCCUCCAUCGUUACAGUCAUUAGUGGAGAGGAGCAUUUUGAGGAUUACGGCGAAGGCAACGAAGCAGAUUUGUUCUCGGACAGCUUGUGUAAUGGGGAAAGCAGCUUUAACAGCUCCUCGUUCCUCUCUCCAAGCACCAAUCCGCUCGCUGCGAAACUGCACAGCGUUCUCGCAGAUGAAGCUUUUGAGUUUUACUGUAGCCAGUGCCACAAACAAAUCAACCGCCUCGAGGAUCUUUCUGCUCGCCUGAAUGAUCUUGAAAUGAAUAGUCCAAAUAAAAGACUCUCAAGCAAGAAGGUGGCAAGACAGUUGCAUCAAACCAGCACCUUGUCCGUGGGGGUGAUGGAGGACUCUUACCAGGAGGCACUGGAGGGUACAGAAGAAGACAUCACAGACAAGGUGGUGUUCCUGGAGAAGCGGGUGACGGAGCUGGAGAAGGACACAGCUGCCAAUGGGGAGCAGCACAGCCGCCUCAAGCAGGAGAACCUGCAGCUCGUGCACAGAGCAAAUGCUCUCGAAGAACAGCUGAAGGAGCAAGAGCUGAGAGCUGACCAAACACUCCUGGAGGAGAUCAAGAAGCAGAGGGAGCUGCUGAGCAAAAUGGAGAGGGAGAAGAGCAUCGAGAUUGAGAACCUGCAGGCCAGGCUGCAGCAGCUGGAUGAUGAGAACAGUGAGCUGAGAUCCUGUGUCCCUUGUCUAAAAGCCAACAUUGAAAGACUUGAGGAGGAGAAGCAGAAGCUGCUGGAUGAGAUCGAAGACCUCACAGUGCAGCUCACUGAGGAGCAGGAGAAAAAGAGGAAGAUGGGGGACAAGCUGAGUCAAGAGAGGCACCAGUUUCAGAAGGAGAAGGAGUCCACGCAGGAGCUCAUCGAGGACCUCAGGAAGCAGCUGGAGCACUUGCAGCUCUUCAAACUGGAAGCUGAGCAGCGAAGAGGCAGGAGCAGCAGCCUGGGGCUCCAGGAGUACAACAGCAGGACGCGGGAGACGGAGCUGGAGCAAGAGAUCAAGCAGCUCAAGCAGGAUAACAGGAACCUGAAGGAGCAGAACGAUGAACUGAACGGACAGAUCAUUAACUUGAGCAUCCAGGGAGCCAAGAACCUCUUCUCAGCCUCCUUCUCUGAAUCCCUGGCAGCAGAGAUCAGCUCUGUCUCCAGAGACGAGCUCAUGGAAGCGAUUCAGAAGCAAGAGGAGAUCAACUUUCGCCUGCAGGAUUAUAUUGACAGGAUCAUUGUGGCCAUCAUGGAGACCAACCCCUCCAUCCUGGAAGUCAAGUAA